CGGAGCCUGAGCUGCUCCCGGUGCCGGCUGCCAAGCCAGCGGGCUUGUUGGGGUUGAGUUUAGAGCUGGUGUGACCUCCAGGGAGCCCCUUCUCCCGGCAGCUCCCUGCGUGGUUCGUUUUGCCCCAGCAUGGUGCCAUUGCAGGCACGCGGUAACUCCUUGCACCAUGCUCCUGAGUGGAAGGGAGAGAUGAGUGCCGUGGAGUAAUCCCGUCUUUGAAUUGCACUCGCUGCCACUCUGAUCUGAAGAAGUAUCUGGAACUGUGUCACGGGAGCUGUUCUGUCCUGCGCUUCUUUGCAGCCAUGCCUGUGGGUGACAGUGAUCCAGCUUCCCGGCUGGGUUCCAGGACUGAGCCUCUGGGAGAUGGCAUGGUUACAGAAGUGCCCGUAGGGAGGACUUUUCCAGCUCCUCGGCUGGAUGCUGCGCUAGAGCCCAGCUGGCAUCGCAGGGGUCCUCCAAGAGCAAAGCCCCAAGCUGAAGGAGGAAAAAAGUCCCCAGAGGCAUCUGAAGUCCUGAGGCAGAUGCUGGAGGAACUGGAGAGAGGACACGAGUCGGAACGAGAGGCUGUGCGGAAGGAGGCGUUUCCAGAAGGAAGCAGUGGCUCUCUACCAGUCUCUGCCAAAGAAACGGAGGCGAUGAAAGCCACCGGCACGCCAGCGCUGUCAAAGCCCGGAGAAGACCACCACGGCGGCGUAUAUGAAUUUUUUCGAACGGACUCAGGAUCCUCUCAAGGUCGACGGCUUCCCGACUUCUUGGUCUAUUCCGUCCUCGAGCCUGAGAGCAAUCCCACAGGCGCCAAACUGGGCUCCAGCCUGCCAGCUGCCUCCAGGAGGGAUCUUGCACUUGUCUCGACACUGAAAUCACUCCCUCUUCAGCCUCCUGAGCUGUUGGUAACAGCACCCGAGGAGGUCAGCACUCCCUUGGCUGUGGUUUCCUGCCGUUCUGGGGGACUGUGA